CUCUCCCUCUCUUCUUCUUCUUCAUCCUCUUCUCUCUCUCCUUUCUCCCACUUUUCUCGUCGACUCAGGUGGGCAGCAGUUUGAGUCCAUUAAUAUAGGAUCAGCACAAUGACUCUGUCCGCCCUACUAAUUGAGAGCCACAGAAUAUCUAGCUAAAUGGAGUCGUUUCUGGACUUUUGACAAGAGAAUAAUAGUUAAACUUUUGCAUCUGAUGCCAGAGAUAGGACAACUUUAAUUACCAGUGAAUGAUACAGUAUUUUAUUUGCCUUAGUUGUUUAUCCCUCGGCAUUAAUUGUUCUAAUUUUGAAAAUAAAAAAACUAUUGUUUACAAGAAAUGUAUACCAGAAUUUCUAUAAUCAUGAAAAAAUGUGAUUUGCUUUGACAUCCUACAAUCAUGGGUAAUAGGGAGGAUAUUGUGCCUUGACUGAGCAUACUUUAAGUGAAUCCAAAUCAGGAGAAUUUUGAAUUUUGAAUUUGAUCCUCAUGGAGGAGAUCAUGCCUUGACCGAGAAUGCCUUAAUUGAAUCCAAAUCUAAAUUCAAAUCUAGAGAAUUUUAAAUUUUGAAUUUAAUCCUUAAUAAGAAGAUUGUGUCUUGAUGGAGGAUGUCUUAAUUGAAUCCAAUUCAGGGGAAUUUUUGAUUUUGAUCCUUAUCACACGCUGACCCAAAGUCCCAGCGUAUAAAUGAGCCUCGUUCCUCUUAGUCCUUCUAGGAAGAGAAUUUUGCUACCGUGCUUCCGAUGGGGAGAUUGGAUGGGGCCUCUUUUCUUCUAUGGCUGCUGGCCGCUACCUGCUGUCUUUUUCUUGUGAAAGCCGGAGAGGAAUAUGUAUCAGCGGUGGGAGAUCCAGGGAUGAGGAGAGAUGGACUGAGGGUAGCUUUGGAGGCCUGGAAUUUCUGCAACGAGGUUGGAAUGGAAGCUCCCCACAUGGGCAGCCCCCGAGUCGCCGAUUGCUUCGACCUGAAUGAAAGUGGUGAUGCAGCACACAAGGUAAGCGAACUCGAUAACAAGCUCAGCGUGGGGGAUCCAUUCCCGGGAGCGCAGCCAGGGAAUGCUUCAAACGUGGAUCUCUACGCCGUGGAGAAGGAGCUCUACUUGGGGAAGAAAUGCGAGGUGGAUGACCAGCCAGGUCCAUGGCAAUUCUGGAUGAUCAUGCUCAAGAAUGGCAAUCUAGACACGACCGCCGCGCUUUGCCCGAAGAACGGCAGGCCGGUCGGGCCGUUUCCAAGGGACCCGAGCAGGUUCCCGUGCUUUGGGGACGGGUGCAUGAACCAGCCAUUGGUGUUCCACAACUAUACGGCCUUGGACGGGAAUACUCUGAGGGGGAGGUUCUUUGGGUCGUACGAGCUCGAUGCUGAUCUUGCUGAAUCUAGUAGUUAUAACAUCUCCUACUACUCUGUGACGUGGGAGAAGAAGGUGGGAGAGGGUGGAUGGGCCUUCCACCAUGUACUCCAGACCUCCGAGAAGUAUCCCUGGCUCAUGCUCUACUUGAGAUCCGAUGCUACUACGGGGUUCUCUGGGGGUUAUCACUAUCCCACCAGGGGAAUGACCAAGAUCAUACCAGAGUCUCCAAAGUUCAAGGUGAGGAUCACACUGGACAUCAAGAAGGGUGGGGGUCCAAAGAGCCAGUUCUACUUGAUGGACAUGGGCAGCUGUUGGAAGAACAACGGCGACCCCUGCGACGGCGACGUGACGACGGACGUCACCCGGUACAGCGAGAUGAUCCUGAACCCAGAGACAGAAGCAUGGUGCAAGCCGGAGGCCAUCCACGAGUGCCCCCCUUACCACACCUUUCCCAACGGCACCCGAGUGCACCGGACCAACACCGCCAGCUUCCCCUACGCCGCCUACCACGUAUACUGCUCGCCGGGGAAUGCGAAGCACGCCGAGCAGCCCACCACCUACUGCGAUCCCUACAGCAACCCCCAGCCUCAGGAGAUCCUCCAGAUACUGCCCCACCCGGUCUGGGGGGCCUACGGGUAUCCCACCACGAAGGGGGAGGGAUGGGUUGGUGAUCCCAGGACCUGGGAGCUCGACGUGGGGAGGAUGUCUCACUCGCUCUACUUCUACCAGGAUCCAGGCACAGCUCCGGCCAAGAGACGGUGGCCAUCGCUUGAUGUUGGCACGGAAAUCUAUAUUAGCAACGAUGAAGUGGCUGAGUGGACGCUAAGCAACUUCGACAUCAUAAUUCCGAAGGCUCGCAAAUUAGUUUCCUCUGAGAUGUAAUAGAAAGUUGGUACGAUAGCUGAGAAGCUACCAACAGAAUUUCUUUAUCUCCAGUUCUUUUAGUUCUAAAAACAAGGAUGGCAUAAUAAUAUCUAUAAAAAAAACUGCUUGUUGGGGUUAUUUAUCAACUUA